AUAUGCUUCAUGCGAUAUCUUAUGUUAAAUUUCUACACGUUCCCACAUCGUCGAAGCUUCAGACAAGGAUCUUGUCGACCGUUCCGGCAAAUUCCGCCCCAGCAAAACAUGGGAUGCGCCUUGUCAGCUUCCGCACAAAUGGGGUGAUGUUGAAGCCAAGAUCACGUUCGUGGGGCCUUACCCACCUCACUCGAGAGGUAUAUUAUCAGUUUGGUCGGGCUAAAUUCACAAGGUCUGCGCACAACGUCGUCAAUUCGAAUCGUAGCACCUUCGAAUCCAACCAGGUGCUGAAGGACUUGUCUAAAGGAGGUCGAAUUGAUGAUGCCCGGAAGUUGUUCGAUGAAAUGCUCGAGAGAGAUGAGUACACGUGGAACACCAUGGUCGCCGCUUAUGCCAAUUCAGGGAGGUUCGAUGAGGCUGAAGAGCUUUUCGAGGAGGCUCCAUGUAAGAGUUCGGUCACCUGGUCCUCCCUCAUUUCAGGGUAUUGUCGGCAUGGGCGUCCUGGCGAAGGUUUUAAGUUCUUCUGGCUAAUGCAGUUGGACGGUCAGAAGCCCACCCAGUUUAGCUUGGGCAGCGUGCUUAGAGCCUGUGCCGUGUCGGGUUCUCUCCAAAGAGGAGAGCAGAUUCAUGGCUAUGCUAUGAAAACAAAUUUCGACCAUAAUGAUUUUGUUGUCACGGGUCUUAUAGACAUGUAUGCGAAGUGCAGAAGCAUCUCUGAGGCGGAGUAUCUCUUUGCGACGGUUCUCGAAAGGAGUAAUCAUGCGCUCUGGAGUGCCAUGAUCACUGGGUAUUCUCAGAAUGGUGAUGCACAUAAAGCAAUGGAGUGUUUUAAGGAAAUGAGGAAGCAAGGAAUUGAAUUCGAUGAGUACAGUUUACCUAGUAUACUAGCAACUUGUGCAGCAGUUUCAGCUGAUGCUUUUGGGGCACAGGUGCAUUGCUGCAUCACGAGGAGUGGAUAUGCAGUUAGUGCAUUUGUUCAGAGUGCGCUGGUUGACAUGUAUGCGAAAUGUGGAGAUUUGAACAGUGCUAAGUUGGUGAUAGAGGCUAUGGAUAUUGAUGGUGUGGUUUCUUGGAACUCAAUGAUUAUGGGUUGCAUGAGGCAGGGGUGUGAAGAGGAAGCACUAUACCUAUUUAAGAAAAUGCAUGGAAGAGAUAUGAAGAUUGAUGAUUUUACUUACACAUCUGUUCUAAAGUCUCUUGCUUCCACGAUGGAUUUGAAACUCGCAAAGUCGGUGCACUGUCUGAUCUUAAAGACGAGAUUUGAGGCUUAUCGACUAGUGAGCAAUGCACUCGUCGACAUGUAUGCUAAACAAAGAGAGAUUACUUGCGCAUGUGAGGUGUUCAAGUGUAUGCUGGAAAAAGACGUCAUUUCAUGGACUUCCCUGGUCACAGGAUACGCACACAAUGGCCUCUUUGAAGAAGCUCUCAGGUUGUUUUGUGACAUGACAGCCGAGGGUAUUUGUCCUGAUGAAAUGGUUAUUUCCAGUAUUUUAAGUGCUUCUGCCGAAUUGACAGCUUUAGAAUUUGGGCAACAAGUUCAUGGAAUUUUUGUGAAAUCAGGCCAUGCUAUUUCAACAUCAGUUGGCAAUUCUCUCAUCUCAAUGUAUGCAAGAUGUGGAUGCAUAGAAGAUGCUGAUCGAGUGUUCAACUCAAUGCAUGUAGCGGGCGUAAUCACAUGGACGGCUCUUAUCAUGGGUUAUGCACGUAAUGGCAAAGCAAAAGAAUCUUUAGAGACCUACAAUCGCAUGGUUGCGAGUGGAGUGAAGCCUGAUUACAUCUCUUUUAUUGGCCUAUUAUUUGCAUGCAGCCAUGCCUGUCUUGUACAAGAAGGUCGCAUGUACUUUGAAUCCAUGACCAAGACUUAUGGAAUAAAGCCAGGCCGUGAGCACUAUGCUUCAAUGAUUGACCUCUUAGGGCGCUCUGGAAAACUUGCUGAGGCUGAAGAAUUGCUUAAUCAAAUGUCUGUGGAACCAGAUCCAACAAUUUGGAAGGCACUACUCGCUGCGUGCCGGGUACACAAAAACUUGGAACUGGGAGAGAGGGCGGCAAGGAAUCUUUUCAAAUUGGAACCUAUGAAUUCUGUUCCUUAUGUUCUCCUAGCUAAUAUAUAUUUUGCCUCUGGUAAACUGGAAGAGGCUGCAAAAAUCUGGGGUUUGAUGAAAUCAAGAGGAAUCAACAAAGAGCCUGGUUGUAGUUGGGUUGGGAUCAAUGGCCAAGUUCACACCUUUGUAUCCGAAGAUAGAGGGCAUCCAAGAAUGUCUGAUAUCUAUUCAAAGAUUGAUGAAGUAAUGCGAUUAAUUAAGAAAGCUGGUUAUGUUCCAGACUUAAGUUUGGCACUACAUGAUGUUGAUGAAGAGGGCAAAGAGCUUGGUCUUGCCUAUCACAGUGAGAAAUUGGCUGUUGCCUUUGGGCUGCUUGCUGUGCCCCAAGGAGGACCCAUUCGAAUUUAUAAGAAUCUUCGAGUAUGUGGUGACUGUCACGUUGCCAUGAGAUAUAUAUCACAAGUGUUUAGUCGCCACAUAGUUCUGAGGGAUUCCAAUCGCUUUCAUCAUUUUAGGGAAGGGGUCUGCUCAUGUGGAGAUUAUUGGUGAAAUAUACAAAUCCCUCAAAGCUUCCCAUACAAAGAAUGGUAUUACUAUGCAUUAGUGCAUCUGAGGUUGCGGCAGAACUAAAAAGGCUUGAGGAUUUUGAACUUUUGUUGUUGAAUUUUGAAAUUUUCUUAGCAAGUUUAAAUUGCUUACUCUAGGGUGGCAAUUCUACUAAGGAAAGGGCAUAGGCUGAUCAAAAGCUAAAGAGAAGAAUAAUCUGGAGCAGCAGUUACACUCAAUGUUGAGAGUUGCAACAGAUAUAGAUCCACACAAGGCUUCUAUAUCCAUGGAAGCUGUUGCAAUCAAUGUUUGUUUUUUUUCGGUCACUAAACCCGGUGAUGGUCAGAUCAAUUGAGAAGGCA